AUGCCCGCGAGCAUGCGUGCCGCUGCGGCGGUGUUGCAUGGCGCAUCCGCCCCUUCACGACGAUGCGCACGCUGCCAUUUCUCCUCAUCGGCGUCGCUCACCCGCCUUCCUCCCGCGCGCCAUGCCAGCACCAGCACUGCCGCCGCCGCCGCCGCCGCCGCCACCACCACCAUCCUCUCUCUUCUCCUGAGACCGCGACAGCCCGCGUACACGACCAACCUCUCGCCGUCAUCGUCGCCGCCGCCGUCGCGCCGUCUCUUCUCCUCCCAGCACGCCGCCGCCGACGGCGCCGAUACCUCCGAGCCCUCCACCACCACCACCACCACCACCACAACCACCUCCGCCGACACCGCUUCAUCCCCUUACUACGCGCUCUUCCCGUCCACGCUGCCCCUCGGCCCGCCGCCUCGCGGCCACUUCCCCAUUGACGUGCGCCAGCUGCGCCGCGAGUUCUUGCAGCUCCAAGCGCGCGCGCACCCAGACAUGCACGCGCCCGGCGCCGCCAAGUCGGCCGCCGAGACGCGCUCGGCGCUCAUCAACGAGGCGUACCGGACGCUGGCGAACCCGUUGCUGCGCGCGCAGCACCUGCUCGCGCUGCGGGGCGUCGACGUGGCGGGCGACGAGCGGCUCAAGAUGGACGCCGCUGCCGACGAAAGCGACGACGAGGCGGGGGCGGGCUUGCUGAUGGUGGUGCUUGAAGCGCGAGAGGGCAUCGAGGAGGCGCGGACAGAGGCGGACUUGGAGGGGCUGAGGACGGAGAAUGACGGCAGGAUUAGGGAGGGCGAGGAGAGGCUCGAGGAGGCGUUUCGGGAGGAUGAUGUGGAAAAGGCAAAGAGGGAGGCGGUCAAGAUGAGGUAUUGGGUGAAUAUCAAGGAGAGUUUGGAUAAUUGGGAACAGGGCAAGCCGAUUGUGCUGCAGCAUUGA